CAUAGCAUAGAGCCACUAAGUGCCAAGCAGUCAGUAGCAUUUCUGGUCCCAAGAUCAGUCUUCUGGGAACCUCUUUUGCUGUCAAGUGGUUGGGGCCAUCGAUUUAAUUGUUCAUCGCAAGCUUUAGAUAAACCAGCCAAGCUAGGCUUGCCUUGGGCCUGGCAUGGCUCCCAAGUUCAGCUGCUGCUUCUUGGCUGUGCUGUUUUCUAUCAGCUGUGAAAUCAUCACCUCCUUGAAUGAGACGUGCACCGAGAAAGAAGCCAACAGAACAUAUAAUUGUGAAAAUUUAGGGCUCCAUGAAAUUCCUGGCACUCUCCCAAAUUCAACAGAAUUUUUGGAAUUUGGUUUUAAUGUCUUGCCUACACUUCAAAACACAACCUUCAGCAGACUCGUUUAUCUUACAUUUUUGGAUUUAACCAGGUGCCAGAUUAACUGGAUACAUGAAGAUACUUUUCAAAGCCACCAUCAACUAAGCACACUUGUGUUAACCGGAAACCCCCUGGUAUUUAUGGCUACUACAUCACUUGAUGGGCCCCAGUCACUGAAACAUCUGUUCUUAAUCCAAACAGGAAUAUCCAGUCUUGAAUUUAUUCCAAGGCACAAUCUGAAAGACUUAGAAAGUUUGUACCUUGGGAGCAACUAUAUUGCCUCCAUUAAGCUCCCUGAAGACUUCCUGACAAGGAAUCUGAAAGUCCUGGAUUUUCAGAAUAAUGCUAUACACUACCUCUCCAGAAAAGAUAUAAAUUCUCUGAAGCCAUCCAGUAACCUGAGCCUUAACUUCAAAGGCAAUGACAUUAAAGGCAUUGAGCCUGGGGCUUUUGAGUCAACAGUCUUCCAAAGUUUGAACUUUGGAGGGACUCGCAACUUGUCUGUGGUAUUAAAUGGUCUGCAGAACUCUACUAUUCAAUCUCUGUGGCUGGGGACAUUUGUGGACACAGAGGACGAAGAUGUUACUUUAGAUAUGCUCCAGGGUCUUUGUGAAAUAUCCGUUGAGAGCAUCUACCUGCAGAAGCACCAUUUCUAUGACCUCUCCCCCACCACGUUUCAGUGUUUCACCGGCCUCCAGGAACUGGAUCUGACGGCCACUCACUUGAAAGCAUUACCCUCUGGAAUUGAGGGCAUGAACUUACUCAAGAAAUUAGUUCUCAAUGGCAACAGUUUUGACCAAUUAUGUCAAAUCAAUGCUGCCAAUUUUCCUUCCCUCACCCACCUUUCCAUCAAAGGCAAUAGGAAGAAACUUCACCUUGGGACUGGCUGUUUAGAAAAAUUAGAAAAUCUUCAGAAACUGGACUUGAGCCAUGAUGACAUAGAUGCCACUGAUUGUUGCAAUCUGCAACUUAAAAACCUAUCUCGCCUGCAAAGUCUAAACCUGAGUUUCAAUGAGCCUCUUGGUCUCCAGAGUGAGGCGUUCAAAGCAUGUCCUCACCUGGCAUUCUUGGAUUUGGCAUUUACCCACCUACUUGUUAAUGCGCCACAAAGUCCUUUCAAAGGCCUCCAGCUCCUACAGGCUCUGAAUCUCUCUCACUGCCUUCUUGACACCAGUAAUCAGUAUCUUCUCACUGGCCUGCCAAAUCUCCAACAUCUAAACUUAGAGGGAAAUCACUUUCAAGAUGGAAGUAUUUCAAUGAUCAACCCACUUCAGACAGUGCCCAACCUGGAGAGUCUGGUUUUAUCCUAUUGUGAUCUCUCUUCCAUACAUCUGCAAGCCUUCAAGGGCCUUGGAAAGAUACAUCGCAUAGAUCUAAGCCAUAACAGCCUGACAUCUAGUAGCCUGGAGGCUUUCAGCGAUCUUAAGGGGAUGUACCUCAAUCUGGCAGCCAAUAACAUCCGUAUUAUCCCACCCCAUCUCCUUCCCAUCUUGUCCCAGCAGAAUACUAUUAAUUUAAGUCACAAUCCCCUAGACUGCACUUGCUCGAAUGUUUAUUUUUUAACAUGGUAUCAAAAAAACCUACACAAAGUCGAGGACUCCGAGAAGACACUGUGUGCAAAUCCUCCAUCACUAACGGGGGUUAAACUGUCUGACGUCAUGCUGAACUGUGGGAUUACAGCUGUGGGCAUUUUCUUUCUCAUAUUAUUUUUGCUCUUGUUUGCCAUUGUACUCAUUCUUGCAAUUAAGUUCCUUCUCAGGUGGAAGUAUCAACACCUUUAAGUGCUGAAACUUUCCAGAGAUGGCAGAUACAUGUAUUGAGCAAAAUUGCUCUACAUGAGGAAACUAUGGUCUAUUCUUCACCAUGACCAUGGGGUAACUGUUUCAUUAGUGACCAGACUUUAGAUUGGUUCUUGAUGCUGGGUUGGAAUCGACUGUUGUUUUUCUGAGCUUCUUUACCCUUGGGAGUCCUGCAUGGAGGGAAAACCAGGGCGAGAGGGCCAGAUGCUGUGUGAAGAUACGGAGCCCUUUCCUCAUACGGAAGUGGGCAGAAAUGGAAGCAGGAAGAACUCAUCACAGUCAUCUGCUCUCCACAUAUUGAAACCCCUGAAGCCUCUCUCACCUUGCUCCCAAAGGACAUCAUCGACUCCUGCUCCUAACAACUUGAAAGUGCUAAGGCCAGGCUCCCUCUCCCAAGGCUCAGGCCUUGUGCUCAAGACUAAACUCUCAGCCAUGUAGCCAUUUGCGAAAUAGUCUAGGACAAAGUCCCAAUGCUUAUUUUAAAUGUAAAAA